CGCUUGUCCCGUUCGUUUCAAUUCAAUCAAAUUUGGAUUUGUGAAUAAAAAAUGCUGCAUACUACUAAACAUUUACCAUUUAAUUUAUAACCACUAUUUAUCUUCUCAAAUGUGAAAGAGGAAGUCUGUCGGAACACAUUUAAUGGCAGAACUAAUGGGUCCGAGUAAACAUACGGAAGAAUUAGACAGUGGCACCAAUAAAGGAAGUGCUGCGCUACACUUAACUAAAAGCUAGACGUUUGCUUAAUAGAGACGACUUACAAUAGACUAUGGCGGAACCUGAAAUGGUGAUUGAUUGGGGAGCUUGUGCCGCGCGGGAAGUAGAGGAUUUGGCGAAGAUGAGACCUCUUUUGACGAACGUCCACGUCGGUCUUCCUCCCCCUGUGGCGGACCCCGCCAGGAUGUCUGUCGUUAAAGGAGACUACCAGUACUUCCACUAUGGCUGCGAUGGACAAGAUGACCGAGGAUGGGGGUGUGGAUACCGCACCGUCCAGACUAUGGCCUCCUGGUUGGGCCACAACAUGAAGGUCCAAACAAGACCUCCACCCAGCCUCCAGGAGAUCCAGCAAGCAUUGGUCAGCGUCAUGGACAAGCCAGGCUCCUUUCUGGGCUCCAAAGAGUGGAUUGGGACAUUUGAAGCAUCCCUGGUCCUGGAUUAUCUUUACGAUGUUCCCUGUAAAUUGGUGCAUGUCAGAGGUGGCGGGGGGGAGUUGGAGAAUGUCGCCGUGGAAGAGGUCCAUCAGCACUUGGCCAAGCGCGGAUGUCCUGUCAUGAUGGGGGGGGACAGGGACAACUCGUCCAAGGGCAUCCUGGGUGUGUGCACUGGGGCCAGUGGAAGUUACCUGCUGGUUGUUGACCCCCACUAUUAUGGGGGUCCGCUGGGAAGGGCGGAGACACAACGGCGAGGCUGGGUGGCGUGGAAAAGUGUGUCAUCUCUUAAUCAGUCUUCUUUUUAUAAUCUCUGUUUACCUCAGACUGCCACAAUAGUCCCUUAAACACGAUUCGGCCCAACACCAGCGUCAGGGCUUAAUCUGAUCAUUUUUUAUUGUAGGGCUCCACGAUUAUGCACAAACGUGAAUCGCGAUUUUCUCGCUCGGAUUUAGGAUUUCUCUAGAACAGGGGUGUCAAACGUUAAAUCUGUCAGGCCCGCGGGGUGAGUUUGCAAAGUGUACAAAUGAGCCGACAUUUUUGAAUGAAAGAAACAGCUGUUCUAAAUGUGUCCACUAGAUGUGGCAAUAGCAAUUAUUUGUAUAUUUGUAGAUGAUGCUGCUACAUAUGUAAAAAAAACACAUGAUCACAUCACAUCAGUCGAGGAAAAUGAGCAAACUACAUAAAUAACAUCCUGUAAUUAGAUUUUCAUAUUACUUUUUUAUCUUGAUAGAUUGAAAAUGAACACCAAUGAGUUGACUGAUGAACAUUAUCACAUAAUUUAUUACGAAAAUAUAAAUAACGACAAAUUAAUUAUUUAUUUAUAACAUGUAAGUGUAAAAAAAACACAACAUUAUGAUUUGUACAUUUUCAGGAUGUGCUUGUUCUGUUUUUUGUUUUUUUAACAAAUAAAACAAUCUGAAGUUGUCUUUAUUUUUAAGUUAUCGUGCCGUGAUUUUACCAUCCCGGCCAACUUCGGAGUAGAUUUUUCUCCAUGUGGCCCCCGAUCUAAAAUGAGUUUGACACCCCUGCUCUAGAAGAUGUUAUUUACUGGCAGAUACUGUGGUUUCGUUUUAAAAACUCACUCGUUUUUUUAUUUGUUGAUUUUAUUAUGCAGUCAUGGUUGCCCUCAGAGGGCCACUUGUAACAGCGAAUAAUAUAUCAAUUUUCCUAUGCAUUUGAUUAUUAUGCAUAUAUAUUUUACGUACAUUGUAAAAAUAAAAAAAAUACAGUAAAAACUGGCAACUCAGUUCCUAUUACUGUAAAAUAUACAGUGAUUUUACAACACACUACAUUAAAUGGAAAAACAGUACCACUAUUUUUUUACGAGGGAAAAAAACUGGAAUCUUAUAGGAGAAUUACAGUUUUACUUAAAAUUCACAGUGUUUUUUUAACAAUACUGUAAAUGGAAAAACAGUACCACUGUUUGUUUUUUUAAUUCCGGCAACUAAGCUGCCAGUUUUUACCGUGUUUUUCCUUGUAUAAUAACACACCGUAAAAACAAUCAAGAGACACGUUUUUUUCAAUUUACAGUAAUAUGCUGUAAAAGUGACCGUCAAUGUUACUGUAAAACCGAUUGUUGUUUUUACAGUGUACAAUUUGAUGGAUAACUUUCUUUGAAAUCAUAAGUCAAACUGAUAUUUAAAUAUUUUUUUAUUUUAACUAAAAAAUAAAUGGAAAGUAUGUUAAUAUAAUAUGUGUUGCAAUAUUGGGUAAUAUUAUAGUUUAAAGGGUAUGCGAUUACAUGAAGUACAUAUCUUUUUUUUUCUGUCAAAAUAUAUAUGUUUCUCCAAAAAAAUGCAUUGAUUGGUUGCAAAAAAGACAUAGUUUAUUAUUAAACAUUGCCCUCUUUUGUCUAAGCGCUGCUACUACAACAAUAUUUGCACCUCGUCCAGUUCAAUCAUUAAAGGCCUACUGAAAUUAAAUGUUUUUAUUUAAAAAGGGAUAGCAGAUCCAUUCUAUGUGUCAUACUUGAUCAUUUCGCGAUAUUGCCAUAUUUUUGCUGAAAGGAUUUAGUAGAGAACAUCGACGAUAAAGUUCGCAACUUUUGGUCGCUGAUAAAAAAAGCCUUGCCUGUACUGGAAGUAACGUGACGUCGCAGGUUGAAAGGCUCCUCACAUUUCCCCAUUGUUUACACCAGCAGCGAGAGCGAUUCGGACCGAGAAAGCGACGAUUACCCCAUUAAUUUGAGCGAGGAUGAAAGAUUUGUGGAUGAGGAACGUGAGAGUGAAGGACUAGAGUGCAGUGCAGGCGACGAAGGACUUCACCAGAUCAUCGAUGCGGUCGGCGGCUAGCGUUGGAUAGUGCGUCUGCUAUCCAAGUCAAAGUCCUCCUGGUUGUGUUGCUGCAGCCAGCCGCUAAUACACCGAUCCCACCUACAGCUUUCUUCUUUGCAGUCUUCAUUGUUCAUUAAACAAAUUGCAAAAGAUUCACCAACACAGAUGUCCAGAAUACUGUGGAAUUUUACGAUGAAAACCGAGCUUUUUGUAUUGGAUACAAUGGUGUCCGAAUAUUUCCGUUUCAACGAUUGACGUCACGCGCAUACGUCAUCAUACAUAGACGUUUUCAACCGGAAGUUUCGCGGGAAAUUUAAAAUGGCCCUUUAUAAGUUAACCCGGCCGUAUUGGCAUGUGUUGCAAUGUUACGAUUUCAUCAUUGAUAUAUAAACUAUAAGACUGCGUGGUCGGUACUAGUGGGUUUCAGUAGGCCUUUAAAUCGGCUUAAGCAAUAAAGUUAAAGUACCACUGAUAGUCACACACACACUAGGUGUGGCGAAAUUACCCUCUGCAUUUGACCCAUAUGCUGCUCAUUGCUCCCUUCACCUCCCAGGGGGUGGAACAAUACCGUCAAUUGCUAUUGUGUAUUUUGAAUAUUUUGCCUAUUGAAUCCAUAUUGGCUGAGGUGAUUCUAAGUUUUUCAGGUGCAGGCGGGUGCUACCAAUCAUGCAGGUUGCAGUUUAAUGUUGUUAAAGUGUAAAUAAAGGCACAUUGUGUGGUCCAAAACAAGAGGGGAAAACUACAAAUAUUUGCAUUUUUGGAUUGUAAACCAAUUGUAAAACAAGUAUUUGCAAAUGAUCGAUAAUUGAAUUUAAAUUUGAACAAUCAAGUCAAGAUGAGUGCCAAAAAUCUGCCAUUUUCUGUCAGGUGUUCACACUGUCAUGCUUUUCUGAUGCUUUGUGUCUGUGGCAGGACUGUUGAAGGCCCCACACAAGGUCUCUUGCAACAGUUGCUGUCCUGUUCAGAUGCAUUUUCAUUUUAUUUCCAAAGAUCCUGAG